AUGCUCCAGAGCAAAGUUGUGGGUGCGCAGGCGCGUGGGGCCGGCGCGCAGCCAUACCAGGCUGUGAACGGAAAUUUGGACAAACAUAAUAACCCAAUGUCUUUGUCGUUGAAAGAACACAAACGGCGACUGAGAUCUUUGCUCCAUCCGUCACAUAGUGGCUCCUCAGAUUCUUCAUACCCCGCUGCAUCGAAGUUUUCACUUCCUGACCGAUCAGCACAAGCGUCGGUGCGCCCUUCGCCACGUAUAAGGUCAUAUCGUAUGCAAACUGGAAAUACUGUGUCGCCAGUGAAUUCUUCCACGCCGUCAGCUGUGAGACGCCAGAGGAGUAACAUAAGCUCCACGUGUCUUACGCCUGGAAGAUGUUCUCCGCGUCGCGCUUUGGGCGGAAAGCGGCGACCCCCCGAAGACACCUUUAACACUUUUGCGACAUACGAUCGAGUACUACAGUUCACCCUACUGCACAGCGGCAGAUUCCACAGCAAAACUACGAAUGGCGACAGUGCUGAGCAAGAAUCAACAGCUACGAGGUCUCAACAGGAUUCACAGCAGCUUUCUGCUAUUUCAAAGACUCCCAAGGAUCAAGCUACGCCUCCAGAACAACCUGUGCUCCACCGCGCCCGUAGCGUAUUCGUGGAUCGGCCCCUUAAUGGAACGGAAGAUGCAGCAGUGCCCGGGUUGCGGUCGUUUAUCUCCACCAUGGCGACCCCACGCCCCGAAGGUGGCCAGGCACCUUUAUUUUCCGCAAGGGGUCGUUACUUUAAGUCACCUGUGAGGACAAGGGGUGGAAAUGCACCAAAAUCCGGUGACGCGGCGGAGACAGAAGACGUUGUGCCAGCUACAAUUGUCUUCAAACUGGACGCAGCAUUAGCCAAACUAUGUGAAAGUAAGGAGGCAGAGGUUAUGCGGGAAGAAAAUGGCGCGCCUAUGGGGCAGGAGGGUACAUCACUUAAUGGUGUGGAUGGAGAGUUUUGCCAAAAACAUUCAUAUCAUGAUUCAAGAUCGGAAGAUUUGUCGUGCUCGGCCGUAGGCGGGGCGUUACGUCCUGGCGAGAACGGUGUUGCUUUCGACGGGAAGUUGGGUGCAGUGGAGCGGAACUCUCUGCGAAAAGUCGUGUCGUCCGGCUCACAUUUAAAGAGCGCGUUGAAGCCCCCAAAAGCGGAUAUCACGCGAUCACAGGUGCUUUCAUCAGAUGGAUCAUGUCUGACCCCUGCAAAUUCUCUGGCUGAUAUUCCCUCUGCUGCGAAGAAUUUACCUUCACCGACGACUGUACGCCCACGGCCUCGUCAGUUAAAGUUACCUUCAACUCUUGUGGAUUCGAAGGCGAGUGUAAGCGAGGAAGCUAAUAAUGUGUCAAGCGACAGGCCCGUCGGCAAGUUGGUGAGGUUUUCGGAUGCUGAGAACAUUGGACACGCCAUCAUGAAGGAAUCGCCGCGUACGCCGUUGCGAAGAGGAGUGGGGCGGUCGACGCUGCCGGCAACACCGUCUCAGAAAAUGACACCUAAAACGAGGCGCCGUGAUAAGUUGCUUCCCACCCAAGAUUAUACGGAGGGCCAAUUGAUAUGUGUGUCUUCAAGCAGGCGGAAGAAAUCAGGACAUACCGUCCAAAAAGGGGGUCUGGUCAGUUCGACAGAAGCCUCAGCGGUCACUAAGGUGAAAACAUUGCCUUCGGGGAAUGGUGAGGUGAAACCAACCGAAGAUGUAACCUCGAAAGUCGUUUCUGACUUCAACCAGGUCGAAAAAGUCACACCAGAUGGGGGAAAGGGCUCAAACAUAACCAGUUCUCGAAAGUCUGCCUCUCUCGAUUCAAGCGUGACGGCAAAGAGUUCUAUCCAACUAGGCGUGGCGCCAACCAACGAGCAAGCGCCAACUGAAAGCUAG